CGCGUAGAGCAGGUGGGGCCAUGAGCAUGGGACGUGGGUUUGAAUAUGGGGCCGGGAACAUCGUUUUUCCCAUUUGCCACCCAAAUUCUUCCGCUCGUUGGAACCACUGAACCAGGAUCCUGCCACCGCUCUUCAUCCACGAGGCGUAUUAUUAUUAUUAUUAUUAUUAUUCGAAAUAAACUUCGUCGGAGUUUCAAUGGAAGCAAUUAAAAGGCAAGCAUCGUGGCUCAGGGAACAGGUUGCUCGCCAACAGCAAGCUGUUCUCAAGCAAUUUGGAGCUGGUGGGUAUGGAGGAUCGGAUUAUAUUGUGACUGAUGAAGCCGAACUCUUACAGUAUCAGAAACUGGAAAUGCUUUAUAUAUCCACCAGGGCUGCUAAGCAUUUACAAAGGGAUAUUGUUCGUGGAGUCGAAGGCUACAUCUUUACUGGGUCCAAGCAAGUUGAGAUAGGAACUAAGCUAUCGGAAGACAGCAAGAAAUAUGGGUCUGGCAACACAUGUACUAACCAUAUUACGUUAUCAAGAGCUGCGUUGUGUUUUUCACAAGCUCGUGCUCACAUGGAGCAGGAACGCGGAAAUCUUUUGAAAUCCCUUGGCACACAGGUUGCAGAGCCAUUGAGAGCUAUGGUAAUGGGUGCUCCAUUGGAAGAUGCACGACAUCUGGCUCAAAAGUAUGACCGGAUGCGCCAAGAGAUAGAAGCACAGACUCUUGAAGUAUCCAAACGACAAGCAAAAUUGAGGGAUGUAAUAGGCAAUCAUGACAUGGAGAUGAAGCUGGAAGCAGCAGAAGCAAAACUGCAAGAUCUGAAAUCUAAUAUGACUAUACUGGGAAAGGAAGCUGCUUCUGCUCUGACCGCUGUCGAAGCACAACAGCAGAGGCUUACACUCCACCGGCUAAUUGACAUGGUUGAAUUAGAACGUGCUUACCAUCUUAGAGUUCUUCAGAUACUUGAACAUUUAGAAGGCGAGAUGAAAUUAGAGCGUGAAAGAAUUGAAGAAUCUCCUAGUGUAGAUAGUGUUCCUCCACCUCCAUCAUAUGAAGAAGUUAACAGUGUACCUACUUCUCCUAUGCAAAAUGGGCCCACUGACAGCAUGGGAUACUUUCUUGGGGAAGUGAUGUAUUCAUAUCACGCCGAGUCUGAUGCGGAGCUUAAUUUAUCAGUUGGAGAUUGCAUUGUUAUACGAAAGGUUUCAAAUAAUGGUUGGGCAGAAGGUGAAUGCAAGGGUAAAGCUGGAUGGUUCCCUUUCAGCUAUGUAGAAAGAAGAGAGCGAGUUCUUGCGAGCAAGGUCAUUCAAGCUUUCUAAUGUCUAGGCUUUGUACCUUUAACGGGUAAUCAUGUUGCUCAUGCCAGAGAAUAUUUAUAGAUAAUAAAAAUAUAUUUCUCAUUCUUUUUUUUUUUGUGGUU